CUCCUGGUCGGCCAUUUUGACUGGAGAAAUAAUGUCAAGAGCUUUUUCUGCUCACAGUUUAAAGCUCUGAAGAGGCCAGUGCUGAAGCAGGGCUUCUGAAGGAGGAAGGAUUUUGAGGGAUCUAUGGAUGCAGGACGAUGCAUCGCCAUCCAAAUAUCACAUUUCCCCUCUGACAGCCUACAGAACGCAGGUCUGAUCACAGAUUGCCGUUUGUUUGAUAUCUCAAAGUAUUACUGGUGCCUGUGUUGUAAUAUGAGGCAGCCUUGUGGAUGGAUGGGAUAUUUGACCACUGACCACUCGAUCUAAUAAACCAAUGUGUGUAAACUGGUCUCUGCAUCCCAACUAAGGAAACACACCAUCUGACUGAAGGCACUCUCUCUCUCUACUGUAAGCUGCAGUCAUGUUCUGGAAGUUCGACCUGCACAACUCCUCUCAGAUUGAGAAGCUCUUGGAGAAGGAGGACGUGACCCUACAGGAGCUGCUGGAUGAAGAAGAUGUGCUGCAGGAGUGCAAGACCCAGAAUCAGCGCCUCCUCCUCUUCCUCUCCCGGGACAGCAGCAUGCUGGAUCUCCUCAACCUCAUCACGCACGAGCCCCCUGCUGACCGGGAGGAGAGACUGCGCUACAAGUAUGCUAAUGUAGCAUGUGAGUUGUUGACAUGCGAUGUGUCCCUCAUCAACGAUAAAGUUGGUGGGGACGAGUCUCUGCUGAACACGCUCUAUAGUUUCCUAGAGCAGACGUCACCGCUGAACCCUCUACUGGCCUCCUUCUUCAGUAAGACCUUCGGGAACCUCAUCACCCGCAAAACAGAGCAGGUGAUCGGUUUCCUAAAGAAGAAGGAGGAUUUUAUAGGGCAGGUGUUGAAACACUUGGACACGUCGGCCAUGAUGGAUCUAGUGCUGCGUCUCAUUAGCAGCGUGGAGCCCACCUGUCUCAGACAGGAAGUGCUUACUUGGCUGAAUGAAGAGAGGCUGAUCCAGAGACUCAUUGAGCUGAUACACCCUCACAGUGACAGUGAGAGGCAGUCAAACGCAUCUCAGACGCUGUGUGACAUCAUCUGUCUGAGCAGAGAUCAGGCCAGUGUGUUGCAGGAGACGUCAGAGACCGACCCUCUGCUCACAACACUAGAGCUACAGCAGAGCAUUGAGGUCCUAUUGAAGAACAUGUUUGAAGGGGAAAAGAGUGAAGUGUGCAUUGUCAAUGGAACUCAAGUUUUACUCACACUGUUGGAAACGCGUAGACCAUGUGUUGAGCAGGUGAUUGACCCGUGCUCUCAGGGAUUGGAAAAGACUUACACUGUAAACAACAGCAUUUUAAUGGGCAUCCAAACACAUCUAAAGCACUUUCACCACCUUCUGUUAAACCCACCCAAGAAAUCUGUGAUGUUGACCACGAUGGGCAUUCUGGAGGAACCGUUUGGCAACGCACGACUGCAUGGGUCCAGACUGAUGGCGGCUCUCUUGUACACCAGAGCUCCCAGAAUCCACCACGAACUCUGCCAACUGAACAUGAUCAACCUGCUGCUGGAUUUGUUUUUUAAAUUUUCUUGGAAUAACUUCCUACACAUCCAAGUGGAGCAUUGUGUCUCUGCCAUCCUUAACCAGCCGACAACAGAUGGGAAAACACACAACAGUCCAGAUCAGAUUCAGCUGGAAACAAAAGACACACAAAACUCAGACAAAUCUGACACAAAGUUCACACACUGUGACCUGAUAAAGCAUGGAGGGUGGGCUCUUGCUUGUUUGCUAUUGCUAGCCUCUCCAACAUCACCAACCCUACCUUUAAGAUUCUGUGUCUGUUUUUCGUGCAGUGCCACGUUCGCUCGAAUCACGGAGAUCAACUUUAAACUGGUUGAUGAAAGGACAAGCUCUGCCAUCUUUGAGACUCGCACGAAGGAGCGAAUCCGACCGUUUGAUGAUGCUGAGGAGGAGGAAGAUAUUUGGGAGGAUAAAGAAAUCAACUAUGCAACACAAGUGAAAGCCAGAAGCAGGUUUGGAUUGGUGAUAAACGCUCAGAAGAGUGAGGCAGAUGGUGGCUCUCACAGAUGUCUGGGGUCACCUGACAUGGAGUGGUUUCCGGAGACCAAACAAACUCCAGAAAAGACCAAGAACCAGGACACGGACAAGCAGUCCAGUGAUCCGCAGAGUCCUGGAUGGAUAGCGAGUUUUGAAGAUGACUUCAGCUGUCGGGAUUUCGCGAGUGUCGCCAUGGAUACGGGCUCUGGCGUGUGGGGGAGCUCUACCGCCCAGCUCAGUGAGACGGAGGAAAAGGGAUGGGCGACUUUCACGGACUUCCAGCCCUUCUGCUGUUCAGAUGCAGGACCCAGAUGCAGUUCACCUGUGGACUCGGAAAAUCCAAACAAACAGAGCCAAAAUGAAGAAAUUAAAGGCUCAUCAGCGUGUGUGUGGAGUGUGUGUGGGGCGAGGAAGGCUCCGCUGGUGGCGUCCGACAGCAGCUCCAGUGGGUCAGACAGUGAGGAAGAGGAGGACAGAACCAAUGCCAACCAAUGCAUCGCCACGGCCAAUGCCAAGGAGGGCGUUAAACUCAGUGUAGAUGCAAAAAAUAAGAAAGCAGUCUUCAUCAGUGACACUAAUGCCAGAGCAACAGGUGACAUGGCAACAGAUGUCAUAGCAACAGGAACCAUCACUGGUACUCAGCCGUCCAAGGAGCAGAAGGGCGACUCCAGUAGUAACGGCCCAGUGUAACAGCGUUUCACUCGCCGCUCGCCUCCAUCCCCAUGACAGUUGUUACUCCACCCAUUAAAUGUUAAAAGCUGUGGCUUCCCUGUUUUCAAACAUUUGCUGCAUUCGCUGUUUCCAUCCAUCUGCUGUGUAGUUAUGUGGGUUUUUUUGGUUUGAGCAUGAGCGGAACUCUAGAUGAUCUCUGUCUUUCCUAAUGAAGACAUCUUCACUGUUGGGAACACUGACCUUUGAACCCUGUGAGAUCGGCCCCACUACAGUCUGUGUAUGUGUGUUUGUUGAGCGUUGUGGAACUACAAUAUAAUGCACAUCCACAGGCGAAUCCUCAUGUAUGCAUAAAUAUGCUUGGUACAUCGACAAGCGUGAUUUUAUAGUGUUGUUUUUAUGUUUCUGAACCAGUAUUUUCCACUUGGAACAAGGCAAGAGAUCAAGUCUGUGUGUGAGAGAGUGUGUGUGUGUGUGUGUUCUGUCUUGAUCGAUAUCUCUGUUUGCUGUAGCCCUUGGGCCCGGUACUGAUUUGAUUUCAGUACUGAUUUGUUUGCACUUAUGUUUCCAGCUCCGCCCACCAUCCACACAAACACACAUAUAUGAGCAAAAAUAAUUGGGAGCAGGUCACAAUAUUUUUGUUUUGUUGAAGGCUGUUUUUAUAUAAAAGUAUGGAAGCUUGUUUCCAC